CAGUCGCCGCGCGACGGGGAGGAGGCGACGGCCGCUGGAGUGAGGUGCGAGGCGGAGCGCGCGACGCCCAGUCAAGGAGCGCUUCUUGGAAUGAGACUUCUGUGCUGUGUCUUCUCCUUUUCCUCAUCAAUCUUCCUGAAAGACUUUUGGAGAAAGCACGCUUAGAGCCGGAGUUUUAUGACCAAGAUGUAAGUCAGAGCACAACAGAAAAUGUCCACUGAACGGACUUCCUGGACAAAUUUGUCCACUCUUCAGAAAAUAGCACUGGGCCUCGGGAUCCCAGCAAGUGCAACAGUUGCCUAUAUCUUAUACCGCAGAUACAGGGAAAGUAGAGAAGAGCGGCUGACAUUUGUUGGGGAGGACGACAUCGAGAUAGAGAUGCGAGUUCCACAGGAGGCUGUGAAGCUCAUCAUUGGCCGACAGGGAGCCAAUAUUAAACAGCUGCGGAAACAGACAGGUGCUCGGAUUGAUGUGGACACAGAGGAUAUAGGCGAUGAGCGGGUGCUGCUUAUCAGUGGUUUUCCUGUUCAGGUGUGCAAGGCCAAAGCAGCAAUCCAUCAGAUCCUGACAGAGAACACCCCAGUGUCUGAGCAGCUCUCAGUUCCCCAGAGAUCCGUGGGCAGAAUCAUAGGAAGAGGCGGCGAGACAAUUCGCUCUAUCUGUAAAGCUUCUGGAGCCAAAAUUACUUGUGAUAAAGAAUCAGAGGGGACAUUACUACUAUCAAGACUUAUAAAAAUCUCAGGAACACAAAAGGAAGUGGCAGCAGCCAAGCAUUUGAUCCUGGAGAAAGUUUCAGAAGAUGAAGAACUUCGGAAGAGAAUUGCUCAUUCUGCAGAAACCAGAGUCCCACGCAAGCAACCAAUCAGUGUAAGAAGAGAGGAAGUGACAGAGCCAGGUAGAGCUGGAGAGCCAGCUUUCUGGAAAAGCAUGGAGCCAGUCUCACCACCGACAGCUCCGCCUCGCACAGGAGGUGGCGACAUGGCUAUUGUCAGGCCAGAGGAAGGUUCCUGGGAGAAACCUAGUGGUGACAACUUUCAAAAGUCUGGAGACCAGGCCAGUCCAGAGAUGUCCAUGUUUGAAAUCCCCAGUCCUGACUUCAGUUUCCAUGCUGACGAGUUCCUGGAAGUCUAUGUCUCUGCCUCUGAACAUCCUAACCACUUCUGGAUCCAAAUCAUUGGCUCCCGCAGUCUGCAACUGGAUAAGCUUGUCAAUGAAAUGACCCAACACUAUGAGAAUAGUCUGCCUGAAGACUUGCCUGUGAAUGUAGGAGAUAUUGUAGCAGCACCUUUACCUACAAAUGGUUCCUGGUAUCGAGCCCGCGUCCUUGGCACCUUGGAGAAUGGGAACCUGGACCUCUACUUUGUUGACUUUGGAGAUAAUGGAGAAUGCCCAGUGGGAGACCUCAGGGCACUCAGGAGUGACUUCCUAAGCCUUCCAUUUCAAGCAAUAGAAUGUAGCCUGGCACGGAUUGCCCCAUCAGGUGAACAAUGGGAAGAGGCGGCCUUGGAUGAGUUUGACAGACUCACUCACUGUGCUGACUGGAAGCCCCUAGUGGCCAAGAUCUCUAGCUAUGUCCAGGCUGGGGCCUCAACUUGGCCCAAGAUCUACCUCUAUGAUACUAGCAAUGGGAAGAAACUUGAUAUUGGGUUAGAAUUAGUUCGUAAAGGAUAUGCAAUUGAGCUUCCUGAAGACAUGGAAGAAAACAAAGCUGUCCCAGACAUGUUGCCAGAUAUGGCCACAGAAACAGAUCUCUCUCUCAACAGCAUGCUCACUGAGACCAAGAAGAGUCCUGGAGAGAUAGCAAAUACUCUGUCCUGCCUCAGUUUGUCAGAAGCCACCUCUAUGUCUGGUGAUGAUAACCUUGAAGAUGACUACUUACUCUGAAGUCGGCUUCAGCUGCCUCAGAUCUGCUUUGCUGUGAUUUGGUGCCUGAAGAGAGAAGCCAAGCCCAUGAUAGAGAUCUAUGCAGUCCUUCCUUUAAUACACACAUGAUCUGGCUCACUGUGGACCAAAUGCAUUCUUUUUACUGGACUACCAGAAAGCUUGUGGGGUAGAGGGAGACAAAUACAUGCACCUGCUGCUCCACCCCACCCCCAGUGUUUGAAUUCUGCUGCGUUAUGUUGCUCUGCACCUGGCUCGUUCCUGCUGCCGGUCACAGUGCUCCCUGUGCCUGGGCUGUGUCCUUGUUGAGGCUGGGAAAUAGUCAGGGGGUUGGUCAUUAGAAGUAAUGAUUCUGCAGACUCCUGACUGACCUCAUCAGGUGACUCUGGUUAAGUUUUUGAUGACCUCAUAGACUGCAAUUGUUUCAGGAUAUAAGGGCAGAAAUCAGUAUAAUUAUAUUAAAAAGCUUUAGGUAGUGGGAAGAGAAGACUGUCUCCCAGCCUCAACUACUGAGCUGCUUUUGGAAACAGUGCUCCAGCUGUUUAACUGAAACUUUGGUUAAAAUACAAGUAAACAAGGAGAGGCGGCUCAGGAAAUACUCUAAACUGCUGUGCUAGUAUAAACUCUCAUAUAUAUGUACACACAGACUCAGAACAUAGCUAUUUCAGUCUUUGCUGAAUAAAGUUCUCAAGAAAAUUAUCUAAAACUAAACCCUAGUUGAGUCACAAAGUAGAAGCAGGCAUGUGGGUAUCAUCUAAACCUAAUGCUGGUGAAAACUGCCAAAUACAUCACAGAGAGGGGCCCAUCAAUACACAUAUCUCCCAUGCACAGAUCAUACUCUUUCCCUAGAGUCACUUCAGAAGUAGUCAUCACUGAUUUAGGCUUGUAAAUAAAUCCCCACCCAAACUAUUUGGAAGAAAAGGCCUGAAUCAGGAUUCUGCAAAAUCUGCAUUCUCAGUAGCUGUCAACCUACUGUCUUUAGGGAGCUAAUUUGCAUACAGCAUUUUGCCAUUUCUGACUUGGGUGAGAACUAUAAAGGUACUUAAAAUUAUUAUGAAUGUAUACUAAUAUGGGUGGUAGAAUAAUGGCAAAUUAAGGAUCAACAAGGUAAACUAGAAAACAAGGGUUUUUUUAAAUCUUGGAAUUGGUUGUGCCCAUAACUAUAUUACCAUAGUCCAUAAUUUUCAAAAUUCAGAAAUCUCAAAAAAAUCUCAGUAUAGAAUAGAAUAGUUCUAAGUGGUAUAGAAUAGUUCUAAGUGGAGGAGGAGUGGCUUAUGUAGACUUGGAGGAAGCAGUAAGGACUGCCAUUGAUCAGACAUUAGCUGCCGUGAGGUGGACUCGGCCUUGACUAGGAGUUAUACUGCAACAGUCUCCAGCCCCUUAAAUUUCUUUGGAAAAGAAUGUCUCAUUCCAGCCUGCAGUUUGUUUCCAUGCUCAGGUACGUUCAUUUAAUACGGCCUUUAAUCCCAUCAGUGUACCUCCCAUGUAUGGGUCCCCACUUCCCAUACAACCUUGUGCUUUUCUGCUGCCUUAGAAUGCGCUCUUCGGCACUUCCUAAUAUAGCUUAUCUGUUGACAUCCUGCCCUUCAGUCAUAGCCACAGGAGUCAUAGUACUUUGAUUUCCAAAGAACUGAAAUAGGUGGAUGAAAAUGUCCCAACAAGGCUUAAGCCUUGCCAAAUUUCCUAGUACUUGGUUCUUGCACCAGGGAGAUGCUCAGUAAAUGGUUAAAAUAUGUGGGAAAAUGGUUUUGAAAUCUUGGUUCCCUGCCCUUUCUGGCUUAGGUACCUUUGGUCUUUGCAGUCGUGAAAUACUGAUCUUAGUGAAUUCAGCUCUGUAAGGCUAAUGCCCCACUCCAGCCAGCCCCCCAACACACACAAGACACAGUGCACACUUGAGGAUUGCACUACCCUUUAUUCCUAGGAUGGAAGGUGUUACCAGUCACAUCCUGGUUCCAUGGUUUCCACUUAUCAAGGUUCCCAGCCCCUCAUAGAGUAGGAAUAAGCAUGUUCAGGGAGGCUCGCUGGGCAGGUGGCCAAGGUCCCUUUCAAGGGGAUACACCAUAAAGAUGACAUUGUCCCAAGGAGGGAGAGCGGGGUGAUCUGGUCUGACCACCUCAAAGCCCAUGUAGCUGAAGGCCCUUAGCAGGGCACCUGUGAAGAAAGAGAAGUUAGAGCAUCCUUUAAAGCUUAGUGCAUCUGUUCACCCCGGUAUUUGAUUUCUCCCACUAGGGUAUGGCUGAAGGCAGCAGUGAGAUAUGAGCAUUAGGAUGAUAUGCUUUGGAAUCUAACAGACCUAGACACUGGUUGUAGGCUUAAAACUUAACUUUGUAAUGGUCACUACUCAAGAGUAAUGCAUAGUUAAUGCAUUGUAAUGUAGGUUACCUUUGUGAACUUGUUUGAUUUGUAACUUUAUAAAAUGGAGAUCACGGAACCUUCCUCUCAGAAUUUGAGAUUAAAUGAAGUGCUUAACAUGGUACAGUGAACAUGUGACCGUUCUUUGGCUUAUAUCCAAUAGAGUAUAUAAACUUGAAGGAGAAAGAA